AUGGCAAACCCAAUAGUCUCGCAGUUCAAAGACGAAGAAAAAGAAGCGGUCGCAACACUCAAGGCAGAGCUGGAUGAUAUUCUAACAGCGUCUGAAUUAGAAGAGGGCUACAAGCUUUGGGAUGUCCCGCUGAGUAAGACGUCAGAGGAUGAGAGAUUAGAUGUCAUUCUAAUCAAGUUUUUACGAGCGAGAAAUCUGAGUUGUCCUGAUGCCAAGGCACAGCUAAUUUCUAUGUUAAAGUGGCGCAAGGAAUUCAAAGCUGACACUAUUCUCACUGAAACCUUUCCUGCCGAAACGUUUUCCAAACUCGGUUUUAUUCAUUCCGUCGACUCUUUCAACCGUCCCGUAACUUACAAUCUAUACGGAGCAGAGAGCAGCGCAGAAGCAUUUUCUGAUCUUGACAGAUUUAUUAGAUGGAGAGUGCAAUUAAUGGAGAAAGGGAUCCGGCAACUUGAUUUCGUUAACACGGAUUCGAUGGUGCAAGUUCAUGAUUAUGCGGGUGUGGGAUUUGGCAGCUAUGAUAAGAAUACCAAGCAAGCUAGUAAAGCUGUUACAGCGCUUAUGCAGGAUAAUUAUCCAGAAUUUCUGGCCGUAAAAUACUUUAUAAAUGUUCCAUGGUGGGGAGAUGUUGUCUUCAAAUUCAUUUCGGUCUUUUUAUCCGAACAGACCAAGAAGAAAUUUAUUGUUGCGACGUCGGGUGGCACGCAUGCCGCGUUGUCAAGGUUGAUAAACGAAGAGAAUCUUCCUACUUUUUAUGGAGGCAAGAGUGUCGUACCCGGAUUUGAAGACAAGAAUGUUUGA